CGUUCCAAUCCACGAACCACACUACGCUUCCCUCAUUGUCACCAUUGCCGACCCGCCGCUGCGAUGGACCGCCCACGUCGCUCGCAGCGCGUCCUCACGGGCAUCGAUACGCCCGCAGACUCGUCACGAGGUGGCUCGCAGAUGCCUCAAGAUGGUCGAGGAGGCGCAGGCGCAUCCUCAUCGGCGCACGCUAGCCAACCCGCAAAGAAGGAGCGUCGCCUCAAGCCUUAUCACGUCGUCCCACCCAACGCACAGCAAUUACCUCCCAACUACGGCAGCUCAUGGCCUUUGGCACGCUCUCCAGCUCCAGCGCCCCCGGGCGCACCCCUUGGCCCAGGGCAGGCCUUGCACACCACGUUCGCCAGCCGCAUGAAGCUAGGCGUUUCCACCCUUAUGCAGCCUCUCCCCCCGCAAGGUGACUUCUCAGAUCCAGUCUACGGGCGCGGGGGUCACUCUGAGCUCGCUGCCCUUCCUGGCGUGACGCGCAGCGGUCGGUCGACAAGGACAACGCGCUACUACGAGGAAGAGGAGGACGACGAUGAUGACGAGGAGAGCGAUGAUGAGAUGAACCUCAUGCGCAAAGGGGCGUCACAGCGCGCCAGUGCUCGAGGGACACCGCAAGGGCAUCAGCAGUCACCCCGUCCCCCACCUCCGCAGCAAGUCGUCGAGCCUCCCGAGCUGCCGGGCCAACGGCUCGGCCAGCCUCCGCCAGGCAACAAGGUCAUCGUGAGGCGAGCACGUAAAACGCCGCACGUCUACUACUCGGAGGCAGACGCAGCUCGCGCGGCUGAGCAUCGUGAGGCAUUGAUACCCAUCAAGAUUGAGCUAGAGACGGACACACAUCGCAUCAAGGAUCACUUUGUCUGGAAUCUUCACGAGCGCCUUGUUGGCGUGAGUGACUUUAUUCGCGUGUUCCUGCAGGACCUUGAUCUCCCCAUGGAGCCAUAUGCACAUCAAUUGGAGAGUUCCAUCCACCAGCAGAUCGAAGAGUGGACCGCUUUAGCGGGCAUCGAUCUCUCACCUGCCAAGGGCGGAGUCUGGGCGAACAGCGAGUCGGAGGAGAAGGCGAGGAGAGCGCAGGUUGCUGGUGCGGUCAAGGGUGCAGAGAAGGGCAAAGAGGCGCGCAGCUGGAAGUGGGGCAUUGAGGAGGAGUUCAAGAAGCGGAUGAGAGAGACAAAAGGCGGAGCCAAGAGAAGAAAGAUUGAGGGGCAGACAAAGGGUGGCGAGGAGUACAUCGAAGGGCAGGACGGCGAAUGGGAGGAUGAUAUGCGUGUUAUCCUCAGCUACGACGUCCAGAUCCUGCAUCACUCCCUUCGCGACCGCCUCGAGUGGGACCUUGCCUCUCCACUCACCCCGGAAGCCUUCGCGACCCAACUCUCCAAAGAUCUCUGUCUCUCAGGCGAAGCCCUGCCGCUCAUCUCGGCAGCUGUGCGCGAGGCGCUUCUGAACCACAAGCGGGCCGUCGGCGAGCUUGGGCUGAUCGGAAUGGGCGAGAUGUGGGGCAAAGCGCAGCAGGAGGAAGACCAGGCGAGGCGCGAUCUGGAAGAAGAGAAGAGGAAGAGGAAGCGAAGGAGGGAAGAGGCUAAGCGCGAGCCCACCACGGUGUUGUCAGAAGGAGCUGGUGGACUGCUCCAGCCCCCGUCUGCAACGUCUGGUCUGUUGACCCCUGGCGGAAUGACCUCCGGAACAGGCACGCCCAUCCCGCAGUCGAACCCAUCGCGCGCUUCUACUCCCCCAAUCGAGUAUGCAAGCGACAACGAAGAUGCCGAGGGCGAUGAGGACGACCCAGAUUCGUCGACAAACACAGCCGCGGCCGAAGCGGCAGCACACGCUCUGCUUCCCGCUUCGGAGCGUCUGGCACAAGCCUUAGCCACGAAAGCCGACCUAGUCGCCCGCGGGCCCCGCCAACUCGUAGGCGCGUACCGAGACUGGUUCGAGAGCAAGGAGUUCGGACCUCUUCUGGAGUAUCUCGGGGACGUCGAGAUUGAAAGGAGAGAGACCGAGGCGCUUCGUGCAUUGAGGAGGAACAGAAGGGAGAUUGGUAGGGACGGGGCGGCGCCUGAAAGGUACCGGGCGAGGUGAGGUGAGAAGGCUCAGGGGUUCCUGCAACAAUGCGAUGCUCCAUUACUAGAGAGAUAUGGGCUGAGGUCGGCCGCGUUGCGAACAUCAAUGCUUGCUCAAGUUCACACUGCUCCUCUGGUAGGCUUCUGGAUCGUACUUGAUGAUCCAUGGGUGACGAAGCACGUCUUU